GUGCUGAUGUUGGCAUUAUUUGGUUUAUAUCAGUCACGACAACAUUUGUAUAACCAGAAGACAGGUUUAUAUAAGUACCAAUGAUUGAACUUUUGAUGUCAUUUAUAUAAAUUAAAAUGAGCGAGGUCUUAGCCACUUCCCUGUGGUACCCCAGUUGGUACAGUCCAGCUUGGGUGAGGAAAUUCAUUACUCACCGAACAAAAAUUGUAUAGAUAUACUGAUAGUGACAAAUCAGUAUUUUUAUUUCGUGAUAUAAUAGUGUUUCUCUGACAGAUCAAGUGCUUGAUCCAACGAUUGCUGUAUUAACUUUAGCUUGUUGUCUGUCGAACACUAUCCAAUCGAUUAUUCGUUUAUGUUGUGGUUUAUCUUUGGUGUUUUCAUUCACCGAAAAUGGUGGCAUAGCGGACUUUGUAGUAGAUGUAUAUUCAUUGAGAAAAAUCGUUUGACAGACGCUGUGGGUUUGUUGAAGUUCUUGAAUGUAAGGGUGAUUACCGGUCAUAAUAAGCAGUUACGCUGUCUGGACUGUUUUUCAAAGAUGAAUGCUGCAGCAAAUGAAAUGCAGAAUGGCUCUGCUGACAUGGCUGGUGGUGAUGCACCACCUGCCCCGAAAAAGAAUGUAAAGAACCUAACUGUGGAGAAAAUAUACCAAAAGAAGUCUCAGUUAGAGCACGUAUUACUGCGGCCAGAUACUUACAUUGGGUCUGUUGAACCUGUCACAGAAGUAAUGUGGGUGUAUGAUUCAGAGCAGGAAAUGAUGGUGCAGAAAGAGAUUACAUAUGUUCCAGGUCUUUACAAAAUUUUUGAUGAAAUUCUGGUAAAUGCUGCAGACAAUAAGCAGAGAGAUCCAAAGAUGGAUUGCAUAAAGAUAGACAUUGAUGCAGAGAACAACACAGUAUCAGUGUGGAAUAACGGUAAAGGUAUUCCUGUUGUGGAGCACAAAGAUGAGAAAAUGUAUGUUCCCACCAUGAUUUUUGGAUACCUGCUUACCUCGUCCAAUUAUAACGACGAAGAAGAAAAGGUCACUGGUGGUAGAAACGGAUAUGGGGCAAAGUUGUGCAAUAUAUUUAGCACAAAAUUCACGGUGGAAACAGCUUCAAAAGAAUACAAAAGAGCAUUUAAACAAACAUGGGCAAAUAACAUGAGCAAGACAUCUGAGCCUAAAAUAAAGGAUUUUGCUGGAGAAGAUUAUACAAAGGUGAUAUUUUCUCCUGAUCUUGCCAAAUUUAAAAUGGAAGCACUUGAUAAGGAUAUUGUUGCUCUAAUGUCAAGGAGAGCAUAUGAUGUUGCUGCUUCUACAAGAGGUGUUAAAGUGAUGCUAAACGGAAAACGUUUGCCUGUAAAGAACUUCAAGGAUUAUGUGGAGCUGUACAUUAAAAAUAAGGAUGAUGAAACUGGCAAUCCCUUAAAAAUAGUGUAUGAGCAAGUAAAUGACCGAUGGGAAGUUGCACUAACUAUUUCAGAUAAAGGAUUUCAGCAAGUUUCAUUUGUAAAUAGCAUUGCUACAACAAAGGGUGGUAGACAUGUAGACCAUGUAUCUGAUAUGAUAGUAAAGCAGUUAAUUGAGACAUUGAAGAAAAAGAAUAAAAAUGGUAUUCAAAUCAAACCCUUCCAAGUGAAAAACCACAUGUGGCUCUUUGUAAAUUGUCUUAUUGUGAAUCCAACAUUUGACUCACAGACAAAGGAAAAUAUGACUUUGCAAGCAAAAAGUUUCGGAUCAAAAUGUCCACUUUCAGAGAAAUUCAUUAACAGUGUGACAAAAUCAGGUAUUGUGGAGUCUAUUCUGAUGUGGGCCAAAGCAAAAGCUGAUACACUAUUGACAAAAGCUUGCAGCAAAAAGAAACAGUCAAGACUUACAGGGAUUCCGAAGCUAGAAGAUGCAAACCAUGCGGGGACACAACACUCUCUGGACUGUACUCUUAUUCUUACUGAGGGAGACUCAGCCAAGUCAUUGGCUGUGUCUGGUCUUGGUGUAAUUGGAAGAGAUAAAUAUGGUGUUUUCCCAUUGAGAGGCAAGCUGUUGAACGUUCGUGAAGCUUCACACAAACAGAUAAUGGAUAAUGCAGAAAUAAACAACAUAAUUCGUAUUGUUGGCCUUCAGUACAAGAAGAAGUAUGAAUCUGUAAAUGAUUUAAAGACACUGAGAUAUGGAAAGCUGAUGAUAAUGACAGAUCAGGACCAGGAUGGCUCUCACAUCAAAGGUUUGCUGAUCAAUUUCAUUCAUCACAAUUGGCCAUCUCUUCUUCAACUCCCAUUUUUGGAAGAGUUUAUAACUCCCAUUGUGAAGGCAUCAAAAGGCAGUCAAGAAUUCUCAUUUUAUUCGCUUCCAGAAUUUGAGGAAUGGAAAGCUUCAAGAGAUAACUGGCAUACAUAUAAGAUAAAGUACUACAAAGGUUUGGGUACCUCUACAUCCAAAGAGGCAAAGGAGUACUUCAUGGACAUGAAGCGACACAGAAUAAAAUUCAAAUAUGGAGGUCCCAGUGAUGAUCACUGCAUUAAUAUGGCAUUUAGUAAGAAAUGUGUGGAACAACGAAAAGAGUGGCUCACAGCGUGGAUGGAGGAUUCAAAAAGGAGGAAGGAAAUGGGUCUGCCUGAACAGUAUCUGUAUGAAAAAGAUACACAGUCUGUUAAUUAUUCAGAUUUUGUCAAUAAAGAACUCGUACUCUUUAGCAAUUGUGACAAUGAAAGAUCCAUCCCAUCUUUGGUUGACGGAUUCAAACCUGGACAGAGGAAGGUGCUGUUCACAUGCUUGAAACGAAAUGACAAGAGAGAAGUUAAAGUUGCUCAAUUGGCCGGUUCAGUGGCUGAACAUUCUGCGUAUCACCAUGGUGAACAGUCACUCAUGUCAACAAUUGUAAACUUGGCACAGAAUUUCGUGGGCAGCAAUAACAUCAAUGUUCUGCAACCAAUUGGACAGUUUGGCACUCGGCUUAAUGGUGGAAAGGAUUCAGCUAGUCCAAGAUACAUCUUCACAAUGUUGAGUCCAUUGACACGAUAUAUUUUCCAUAAGCAUGAUGACGCACUCCUAAAGCACAAUACAGAUGAUAACCAAAGAAUUGAACCAGUUUGGUACAUACCAAUCAUACCAAUGGUACUUGUUAAUGGUGCAGAUGGGAUUGGAACUGGUUGGAUGACAAAGAUACCAAAUUACAAUCCCAGAGAAAUAAUUGAGAAUUUGAGGAGAAUGAUUGAGGGUGAAGAUCCAAAACCUAUGAUUCCUUGGUACAAGAACUACAGAGGAGUUAUUGAGCCUCUUGGUGACAGUAGGUAUGUUGUAUACGGUGAGGUAGCAAUACUAGGGGAGGACAAAUUGGAAAUCACAGAGUUACCUAUUGGUGUCUGGACUCAGACAUACAAAGAAAACGUACUAGAGCCUAUGAUGGGAGGCAGCAAUGACAAGUCACCACCACAGAUAGUGCACUUUCAAGAAUAUAAUACUGAUACAACAGUACGAUUUGUGGUGAAAAUGACUCCCGAAAAACUACAGAAAGCGGAACAGGAAGGAUUGCACAAGUUUUUCAAAUUAGAAACUACAUUGACAACCACUUCCAUGUGCGCGUUUGAUGAUAUGCAGUGUCUCAGAAAAUAUGAUUCAGUUCUUCAAAUUCUAAAAGAGUUUUUCAAUUUAAGACUUAAUUUUUAUGGAAAACGCAAAGCUUAUUUGGAAGGUAUGCUUCAAGCAGAAUCCUUGAAGUUGAGUAAUCAAGCUCGAUUUAUUUUGGAAAAAUGUGAUGGGGUCCUGGUUGUGGAAAACAAGAAAAAGAAAGUGAUUAUUGAAGAACUGAAGACGAGGGGAUAUGAUGCUGAUCCUGUAAGGCAGUGGAAACUCAAGCAAGACAAAGAAGCAUUACUGGAGGAGAAUAGCAAUGAAGAUGAUUCCUCAGAUGGGACGGAAGAGGAUAUUGAUAAAAUGUAUGAUUAUCUCUUAGGUAUGACAAUGUGGACUCUUACGAAGGAGAGAAAAGAUGAACUCUUGGGAAAACGUGAUGAAAAGCUUCAAGAAUACAAAGUGCUACAAAGCAAGUCUCCAUCUGACCUGUGGAAGGAGGAUCUGCAUGUCCUCUUGGAAGAGCUGGAUAAACUGGAGGCAAAGGAAAAGGCUGAAGCAGAAGUAGGUGUUGUUGGCAAGCCUGCCAAGGGCAAGAAAGCUGCUGGAACUGCUAAGCUUGGCGGAGGUGGCCACGCAAAGCCUGAUACUAUGCCUGCGCCUCAUGGAAGGCGCAUUGAACCAAAGAUUGAUCCUGACCGUAUUCGGAAGAUGGAAAAGGCAGACGCUGUCAAGGAGAACAAAGGCAAACGUGGAAAGAAAAAGAAAGAUGAUGAUGCUCCUGAAAAUGGAGUUGAUGGUAGGUCACUGCAAGACCGGGUAGGUUGCUCUCCAGAGGUACUUGAGAAGAAGCUCCAAGAGAAACGCAAAGAUAACUUGAAACAAACAAAACUUAGUUUCAAGGGCAAAGGCAAAGGGUCACCUAAAAAGAAGAAAGACCCUUGGGAAUCAGACAGUGAGGAUUCUGAAGCUUCUGCAUAUUCAGAAGAUGAGUUCUCACCAAAGAACGUGUCUGCCCCUACAGUGCAGAGAACUACAGCACGAAGAUCCGCAGCUGCGAAGGUGAAGUUCACGUACAGUGACAGUGAAGAAGAAGAAAGUGAGGAGGAACUGGAGUUACAUGACAAUAAACUAGUGCAAGAGAGUGAAGCUGUCCCGCAAGUGGAUCCAGAACUAAACACUGCUGAUGACACAUUUACUGCCGAAAAAACUAUUGACGUCAGUGACACCGACAGUGAAUUUGAGGUAGAGGCAAAAAAGAAAGCAGCUAAACCAAAGAAGAAAAAGGCAGCUGCAAAGGAGUCAGAUUCUGACAGCCCGUCGACAGGGCAGCCUCAGAAGCAGAGAACUUCAGAUGACAUGUUUGACUCACUUAUGCAGUCAGGCUCGACUGAUAAGCCUUCUGCAGAGCAGAUGGAAUUAUCACAUUCAGAUGAUGACAAGAAAAAGAAGAAGAAAGGUCCAGCUAAAAAGAAAGAUACGACACAAAAAGCUCCAAAGCAACCUCGACCAGCCAAGAAGAAAAAGAAGAGCCUUUCAGGGUCUGAUUCAGAGGAUAUGUUUGAGCCAAAGAAGAAGAAAUCAAAACAGAAAGACUCAGAUGAUGAUUUUGAACCAGAAGUGGAGGUACAAGCUCCUAAAGUGACAACAGGUCGCGCAAGAAAACCUGUAAAGUACAGUUACAAUGACGACGACGACGAUGAUGAUGAUAGUGAUUUUUAAUUCCUGUCUACAUAUUGUUUUAAUGCUGUUUUACUGCCCUUCUCAUUCUGUCUUCUUUAAUUUAAGACAGAGUACUGUAGUUGUUCUCCUUCACUGAUUAUAUAAUUGUAUAUAGUUUUUGAAUGGUGGAGGGGAAGUUCUUGACUACAAAAAUUCAGCAUUUCCUCCAUUUGUGGGAUCCAGUCAGUUUACCAAACUCUGUGUGUUUUAAAGACAAAGUUGAGAACACAUAAGUGUUCACGGGUUCGUGACAUUGUGUUGCCAACAUCAUUCCAGAGGCAUGUGUGCAAUGCCUUCCACAACUAUACUUUUGUAUUAUAUUUUAUUACAGAAUCUCUCAAAACCACCUACUGAACAAUAUUUUGGAACAUUGAAAUUUUAAGAAACAUAAUAGCACAAACCUGACAAAAAAUAAAUAAUACUGUAGAGCAGUUUUUUAAAAAAGCAUUCUGUCUCGUGUUGUGCAGCAGUUGUGACUGAUGCAAAAAAGACUUUAAAAAUGUUUUGUCUAUUUAAUUUUUAUUUAAUUCAAUUAUAUUUGAAUAGGUUCCUAAUUAAGGAAGCUAGAUGUUACUGUGUUCAGAUGUUUGUUUCACUUGACAGUCACCAGAUCAAUAGUGGAGCCUUACUGUGAAUACAGUUGUAGUUACACACAGCGGUUGGGUGACAUGCCAGUUUGCUAAAGACAGGCUGAGCUAAUCUGAGGUCAGAAACACAAAAAUUUCUUGUAAUGCAUUUUCAUAAAUGUUUCACACUAGGCUGAAGAUAAUAUAUAUAUUUAUCAUUGUCAUUGUGAUUGAGAUUAAAGCAUUUUGAUCUUUUUAUUUAAUCACAAAUAUGUCUUGUUUAUUUACAUGGAAUGUAAAAGUUAUCAGUAUUACUGUCUUAGUCACAAUGUCUCGUAUAAAGAAUUUUUAAUUGUUCUAGGUUUUAAUGUUGCUAACAUUUUAAUUUUACAUUAUGUGCUGUUGAAGUGGUGAAUGUCAAGACUGAAAAUGUGUGAAUUAGUGAAAGUGAAAUUAAAAAAUUAUUUUAUGUAA